AAGAGGACCUCCCUCAUGUAUAUAUGUGCACGAGGACGACCAGUAUCUCCCCCACAUCCAUUUUAAGCAAAGUCUUGCAUGCACGAGCUACAUGUUCGUGGUCCUUCAAACUCUCACACUCUGCUUUUUUUCAGCGUGCCUUUUAAGAAUAUCGAUGCUCUAUGAACUAGCACACCUUCGACCAAAAAAAAAAAUAUUAACUAGCACACCAAAGACGACAGAGAGAGGCGAGAGACUGGCGAAUUUAUAGUUUGCAUCAUAAACGAGAGGGUGUCAUGGAAAAGCAGUAUGGGGUUGCAUGGAGUUUCAUCCUCAUUUGGUUUCUAGUAGCGGAAGGUAGUAGAGGGAAGAGGUUUCUGAGCAAAGGCAACGAUUAUGAUACGGCCAAAGAAUUGCAAAGGAGGAAUCAGGAUCAGGAAGAAGCUGCCUACGGAGCAGUGCCGACUGGUGGGUUAGGAGGUGGAGGUGGCGGCAGUUUUGGUGGUGGCGGGGGAAUAGGCAAGGGAGGUGGAGGUUAUGAGUCAGGUCAUGGUACGGACGGUGGCUACGGUGAUGGAAGUGGAACAGGGUGUUGGGGGGGUGGCAUUGGUGGAGGUGGCUUCGGAGGUGGCGGAGGAUCUGGCUACAAUAAUGGCGGUCAAGGUGGUGGAUAUGGUUCCGGGGGCGCAAGUGGAGGCGGGUAUGGAGGAGGAUCAUCUGGCGAGUAUGGGUCUGGUGGCGGAGGCGGCGGUGGCUUAGGGGGAGGAUCUAGUUGUGGUGGCCCUGGUGGGGGAAGUGGGUAUGGAUCAGGCUAUGGCUCGGGAUAUGGAAGCGGCAGAGGCAUCGGCGGAAUCAGUGGAGGAGGAGGAGGUUCAGGCGGAGGUUUCGGGCACGACGGAGGAUAUGGAACGGGCGGUGAAGGUAACGGAGGAGGCUCAUACGGGGGUCCAGGCAAAAACUACUGAUUCACUAAGAUUUUUACCUUUAGCGGAGAAAUAAGGACGACUGUUACUGUUGUCCAGCAUCUAUUUCGUCUUCUCCCUAUGGUAGUCUACUGCUAUGUCCUUCAUCGCAAUUGGGGGCAGACACAUCUAUCAUACAAUGUAAUCCUUACUAAUCUUUAACAGUACUAGCAUGCUAUCUUGACAA